AUGCCAUCUUAUGCCAAGUUCCUUAAAGACAUUUUAUCAAAGAAAAGAAAACCGGAGGACUAUGAGACUAUUGCUCUUACAGAGGAAUGCAGUGCCAUAUUGCAAAAUAAGCUGCCACCAAAACUCAAGGACCUAGGAAGUUUCUCCAUACCUUGUCUUAUCGGUAACAUGAAUAUAGACAAAGCCCUCUAUGAUCUAGGUGCAAGUGUAAGUCUGAUGCCUCUAUCGAUAUAUAAAAAGCUGGAUGUAGGGGAGCUUAAACCUACAACAAUUUCAUUGCAACUAGCUAAUCGAUCUGUAAAAUACCCUGUGGGCAUCCUAGAAAACAUCCCUAUCAAGGUGGGAAAAUUCUUUAUCCUAGUUGAUUUUGUUGUACUGGAAAUGGAGGAGGACGUCCAAAUUCCUAUUAUCCUGGGAAGACCUUUCUUAGCAACUGCCGGAGCUAUCAUAGACGUUAAAAACGGGCAGUUAAGUCUCAAGGUAGGAGAUGAAGAAGUGGAGUUCAAUCUGUUCAGCGCAAUGAAGCAAAAACUUGAACCUAAUGAAUGCUUUAAGGUUGAUAUAAUUGACAAGCAAAUUAAAGAGGAAUUCCAUAAAGCACACCUUGAAGAUCCUCUUGAAGCAUGCAUCAUACACAACCACACAACAGAGAAUGAGAACACAAAAAUUAUAGCUUGUGCACAAUCCUUGACAGCUAAUCCACCCCUACCAUUGGCUCAAGUUUUCAAGGUAGAAAAGCUAAAAGAAGAACAAUCCAAGGGCAGGCCUCAGAAAAAUGCUAAACAGUUAGAAGUGUGGAGUGAAACCUCAGGUGCAUUCAAAGUUAAUAGGUAG